UUUCAACCUUAACGCCAUCUUUAUAGUCUAGCUGUCUUCUCUCUCACACACUAAACACACACAAUUCUCUUCCUUUAUAUAUUUAUCUUUCAAUUCACUCCUCUGAUCGCUUCUUCAAAUUCCGAUUGAUUACAGUAACUUUUACAUCAACGAUCGCCUGUUUUUUUUUUCUGGUAGCAGCCAGAAAUCGUCGGAGAAACCAAUGACAAUGAUGACCAAUGCCGGAGGAGUAGGGCCCUUUGGCGACACGACGUUGACCAAAGUCUUCGUCGGAGGAUUAGCAUGGGAGACUCCCAAGGAGGCCAUGAGAGAGCACUUCGACAAAUAUGGCGACAUUCUCGAAGCUGUCAUUAUCUCCGACAAAACAACCGGCCGAUCCAAAGGCUAUGGCUUCGUGACAUUUAAGGAACCGGAAUCCGCUAAGAAAGCUUGCGAGGAUCCGACGCCGGUGAUUAACGGCCGCCGUGCGAACUGUAACCUCGCUUCCCUCGGCGCACGCCGCCCGAGAUCGCUAACCGUGGUGCCACCGCCGCCACCACCACCACAGCCGCAGCAGCAAACCGGGCCUAAUAUAAUUGUGGGACCAAGAUCUGCCGGGGCGAUCACACCACCUCCGAGCCACGUGCAGUGGUACUAUCCACCAACGCCAACACCGGCAUCUCCGUACCACCACCACCACCACCAGGCCGCCGUUCCUUAUUACGGAUAUGCUCCGGCGACAUACGUCGCUACAACUGAUGUCAGUUACAAUCAUAAAUUAGGGUAUACAGGUGGGGCCUACAUGAAUGGAGGGCACUACUCGCAUGUGUAUCCCAGUCAGGCUACGGUGGGUGCGCACACAUUGAUGCCAAUGUACCCUAUGAGUAUGUAUCAAUACCAUCAUCAAUCACAGGCAAUGGGCCUACCGGCCCAAUUCUUUUGUGCCCCGACAUCCACUGGCCCAAUCACUGCUGUUCCUGCUAUUCUUUCAAAGCCCACACCAACUCCAGUUGGGAUGUGGCAGGAUCACAUGGUUGAAAGAUGAGAAUACUUAUUUGGUCCAACCUGUCAAACAUAAAACAAGUACAGUUGGGGGAAGAAAAGGAAGCUUUGGGAAAGUUGGCUAAAAGUGGCAAAUAACAAAAAAGGAGGGGUGGAGUGGCUUGUCAGAACAACCUUAUUUUAUUUGAUCUGCAAUGCAAUGACUGCUUCUUCUUUCUUUCCCUUUUUUAUUUCCUCUAAUUUACAUGAUUUUUUAUAUUUAAUUUUUAUAUUAUUAUUAAUAUUAAUUCACUUCUCAUUAGGCAUAUCUAAUUAGAUUCAUUCGUUCGUCA